GUCAGUCCGCUCCAGUCUCCACUUCACCGGAAUUGGCCUUUGCCGCCCCGUCUGCACGUUAUUCCCAUUCUUUUUCUUCGCCAUAUUUAAAUCUGCAAUUUAGUGAGGAAGAAAAUUACAAAUAGGAGUUCGUGGUGAAUUUCACCUUACUUGGGCUAGAUACAAUAAGCCAUGGAAAUCGUUCCCGGAUUGCAAUUUGAUAUGCCGCUUCUUAUCAUCAAUUAACUCUCGUUCACGGUUAGGUCUGAUUUAGUAAUUCGGAAUUUCAGGCUGCCUGAGCUUGGUGUGUUUUUGAGCAGAAGAAGAAGAAGAAACAAAGAUCAACAAUGGCGAGACCUCAGGUCACCAUAACGCUGGGGCGCUCCGGUCAAAAGGUUGUAAAGAGGCCUCUGGACAGCUUUGAUGCUUCUCGUUUUGAUUCUCACAGUCCAGCGUUAUCAGGAAGCAAGAGAUCUUUGGCAUACAACGAUGCUCAAGACUCCUCUUCUUACAGUAGAAAACGGUUCGUUUUGCUCCCUUCUUUCAGCUUUUUGUCCGUUAUCUUAAGAUAUCAGCUCAGUGGUUACUUUAAUCAGCAGAACACAGAAGGAAAGCUAAAAGACCUUUUGGCGUAAUAUUGUACAUAUUGUAUGUAGGCCUUGAUUAGGGAUUAUAUCGUGAAUAAAGACUCUCAGUUAGAAUGUGGAUUUCUAUGACAUUUCUUGUCCUAGCUGAUAACUGGAUCAGGCUGUCUUAUGUUUUCAAUAUUGAUGUAACUAAUUUUCAGUUGUUGGUUUGAUUCGACUUUUCAGACAGCAGAUGGGUGUUAUUGGAAGCAGUUCUGAAUACAGUCGCCCUGCUUCGAAUGUUGCUGAGAAUGAUCUCCGUCUAAAACUUUUGCGCAAAAGACUGUCCAAGCAAAUUGAGCUAGAUGCAAAGAAGAGGGAACUUGAGGGGAAGAUAUCUAGGAAUGUUCAUUCUUCAGAAGCACCCAAAGGGUUCCGUUUGGUGAACAACUCGCAAAUGAAAAGAGCUGGUGAGUCAUCACGAAUGGAAUCAGUUCAAACUUCUUACAGCUCUUCUACAAUUGAUGGAUCAAGACCAAUAACUCCAAACGGAGUUCCUCAAAUUUCUGGUGGCAUGCUUUCCUCCAGGCCUAUGGGUCAAGUGCUGGGAAGUCUGCCCACAAUGCAGGUUCUUUCUUCAAGGAAUGGAGUAUUUCAGCAUCCUCAUUCAAAGGGUCCGACACCUAUGACAGUCAUGGCGGCAAACUCAAGGGCUGGACUUGAUCCACAUAAGUCUUUGAUGCCAGCAAGAAGCAAUAUUGCAAAAACCACCUACAUGGAUGAACACCUCACUGUGAGUGCCUUGUUGAAUUCUCUUGGUUUGGGAAAGUACUCCAUAAUUUUGCAAGCUGAAGAAGUUGAUAUGGCUGCACUGAAGCAAAUGGGAGAUCGUGACCUAAAGGAGAUAGGUAUACCAAUGGGACCCAGAAAGAAGAUACUUCUAGCUCUCUUGGCCCAGUCUAAACGACGAACAACAUGA